GGCGUCCCCGCGCGCCCUCUCCUGGUAACGGCCCGCCCCCUCCUUCCUUAGAAAGGGGCGCGGCUGGAGUAGAGGCCACCCGGAGUGUGCCGGCAGGCGGGCGACUGUCUGGCCUGUCUGCAAGCCUUCCUCCUGAAGUCUGCGACCUCUUUUGAACUAUGGGGGACCCACCGCCCGACCCCGAAACCCCUCCGCAUCAACCCUCAAGUCGGAGGAGUUCCCAGGCCUCCCAGCGGCGCAGUUGGGAACUCAGUCAGCCCCAGCCCACCAUCUCCGAGGAGGGGCCGGAGAUACCACUCGAUGACCCGGUCCUGCAGAGCGGUCAAGGGAUCCUGGCAAGCGAGACCAACCUCCAGGGCUGGUCGCCAGGGGCCGCCCUGACCCAACAGGAGAACUUGAUGUUCCAGGCUGAGGAAGGCCAGUUGGGUGGUGUAGAGUACCCGUCCCUGAAUAUGGGCUUUCCUUCCGAGUUACAGCCCCAACCUUAUCUGGAAGAAGGCGGGAUCCAGGCCACGCGAAAUGCCAGCCUAAUGCUGCAGCAACUACAACAGGGCCAAGGCAACCUCUUCCAGCAAUUGGACUCUGCCUACCUGGACACCCAGCCCGGCUUCUUGGGCCAGUUCAGCAUGUACCAAGGAGAAGACCUACAGUUCCACCAGGGUGCCCCGCAUGGGCCCUACAUGAGGGAUGACCCCGCCCUCCAGUACUCGCCCUCUGAGCUGGGCUUCAUGCCCUUCAGUAUGGAGGUGCCUGAGCCAGAGCCUCGGGAGCUGGCCGUGCAGAAUGCCAAGGCCUACCUGCUGCAGACCAGCGUCAGCUGCAGCCUUAGCCUGUAUGAGCACCUGGGGAACCUGCUGACCAAGAUCCUGAACCAGCGGCCCGAGGACCCCUUGUCCAUCCUGGAGUCGCUGAACCGCACCACGCAAGGGGAGUGGUUCCACCCCAGGCUGGACACCAUGCGGGACGACCCUGAGAUGGAGUCCACCUACGAGAUGGCGGACAGGCAGAAGGGGCUCUUCCUUCGGAGCGGCGCCGGAGCCGAGGGCGAGCAGGCGAUGGAGGAGGAGGUGGCUGAGACAGCCGUGCCCAACAUCAUGGAGACGGCCUUCUACUUCGAGCAGGCUGGCGUGGGCCUGAGCUCAGACGAGAGUUUCCGCAUCUUCCUGGCCCUGAAGCAGCUGGUGGAGCAACAGCCCAUCCACACCUGCCGCUUCUGGGGCAAGAUCCUGGGGCUCAGCCGCAGCUACCUGGUGGCUGAGGUGGAGUUCCGGGAGGGCGAGGAGGAAGGGGAGGAGGUGGAGGAGAUGAUGGAGGGCGGCGAGGGCCUGGAGGCCCACGGCGAGGAGGAGGGCGAGGAGGACGAAGAGAAGGUCACUGACAUUAUCCCCAAGCCCAUGUGGAAGCCCCCGCCCGUCAUCCCCAAGGAGGAGAGCCGCUCGGGUACCAACAAGUACCUGUACUUCGUGUGCAAUGAGCCGGGCCGGCCGUGGACGCGGCUGCCGCACGUCACGCCCGUGCAGAUCGUGCAGGCCCGCAAGAUCAAGAAGUUCUUCACCGGCUACCUGGACGCGCCGGUCAUCAGCUUCCCGCCCUUCCCGGGCAACGAGGCCAACUACCUGCGCGCCCAGAUCGCCCGCAUCUCGGCCGCCACGCACAUCAGCCCGCUCGGCUUCUACCAGUUCGGCGAGGAGGAGGGCGACGAGGAGGAGGAGGGCGGCGCGGGGCGCGACUCCUACGAGGAGAACCCCGACUUUGAGGGCAUCCCGGUGCUCGAGCUGGUGGACUCCAUGGCCAACUGGGUGCAUCACACGCAGCACAUCCUGCCGCAGGGCCGCUGCACUUGGGUGAACCCUUUGCAGAAGAUGGAAGAGGAAGAGGAGCUGGGGGAGGAGGAAGAGAAGGCAGACGAGGGCAUGGAGGAGGUGGAACAGGAGGUCGGGCCGCCACUGCUGACCCCGCUCUCAGAAGAUGCAGAAAUCAUGCACAUGUCACCCUGGACCGCCCGCCUCUCCUGCAGCCUCUGCCCGCAGUACUCCGUGGCCGUCGUGCGCUCCAAUCUUUGGCCAGGGGCCUAUGCCUAUGCCAGUGGCAAGAAGUUUGAGAACAUCUACAUUGGCUGGGGCCACAAGUACAGUCCCGAGAACUUCAACCCACCCCUGCCGGCCCCCAUUCAGCACGAGUAUCCCAGCAGCCUGGACAUCAUGGAGAUAAGUGACCCCACGGUGGAGGAGGAACAGGCCCUCAAGGCAGCCCAGGAGCAGGCCCUGGCGGCCGCAGAGGAGGAAGAGGAAGAUGAGGAGGAAGAUGAGGACGAGGACCUGGAAGACUGAAGGGGGCCCCCCAGCCCCCCUCCCCCAAGCAGGUAGAUAGCAAGUUCCCCCUUAUACAUAGUGAGUGAUGGGUUGUUUUUUUCACGGGUGGUUUGCUUUCUGCCCUUGGAGGGCAGGGGUAGAAGAGGGAGGUAACCACUUUAAAUAAAAUUUCCCCACGGCA